AUUGAUUUAGUCGAUAUGAUUUUUCAACAAGAUGAUGAGUUUAAAUAUAUUGCUCACAUUCGUGAUCACUUCACUAGAUACUCAUGGGCUCAUGCACUUACUUCAAAAUGUACAGUAGAA